GAUGGUGAGGAGACUCCAUGGGCCAAAAGCAGGUGAAAGGGAAAAGGUAGUGAGGACAGAAUGCCAAAUGAUGCUUUUUAGCCACUGGAGGUGUGCCUAACCCAAUACCUAAUGGCAUUUACAAUCUUGUGAUAAAAAAACAAAAGCCUGCCAAAUAGGCUGGUUGUAGUUCCAAGAGAUUGUGACAAAGGCUGGGAAGCUUUCUAGAGAAACUGAACAUUCUGCAUGAACUGUAGGUCAAUCAUCUUUGCACUGAUCCAGCUGUGGUUCCUCUCCUCAUUUGCUUGCUGUCUCCCAGUUAGGUAUCGUAUGAAAAAGCACCUUGAAAAGAUGCCCCAAGAAGGUGAAGCAGCCCCAAAGGUCUCCAAAGACCAGGAUCGAGGAUGGGCUUGGAUGGUCUUAGUAGCCACCGUGCUUGUUCAGGCUCUAACACUGGGUUUUCCUUCCUGCGUUGGAGUCUUCUUCAAGGAUCUGCAGCAUGAUUUCCAGGCUACCAAUAGUGAGACAUCAUGGUUCCCUUCCAUCAUGACAGCUGUCCUCCAUGCAGGUGGUCCUCUUUGUAGCAUUUUGGUGGAGCGAUUUGGCUGCAGGAUAACUGUCAUGCUCGGAGGCCUUCUCAGUGGGGUGGGCAUGGUUGCCAGUGCUUUCUCCAAGUCUCUUAGUGAGCUCUACGUAACAGCUGGAUUCAUCACUGGCCUGGGAUCAUCUUUUAGCUUCCAAGCAGGAGUCACAGUACUUGGUUACUAUUUUAUACAACGGCGAGCACUAGCCAAUGCCCUGGCCUCCACGGGUGUCUCCAUUGGCCUCACACUGUGGCCAUUGAUUUCCCAAUAUCUGCUUGAUGAGAUGGGCUGGAGAAACACAUUUCUAAUCUUUGGGGGAGUGCUGUUGAACUGCUGCGUAUGUGGGGCUGUGAUGAGGCCAGUCCCGGUCAAGCAACCUGCCCUUUCAUUGAAAUCUUUUUCUGAACAGUCCACUGAAGGAAUAUACCUGCCUAAUGGUAACACUUUGCAUCAUAAAGUACAGUGUCAGUCAAAAUUUGCUGCGUGUUUCCAGACCCUGAAGAAGUACCUAGCUUUUGAUAUCUUCUGCAAGAACAAAGGCUACCAAAUCUAUACCCUUGGAGUUACCUGGAUGGUGAUGGGUUUUGUGCUGCCCCUUGUUUACUUGGUACCCUAUGCCAUCUUGAAUGGAGUGGAGGAGCAGAAAGCAGCUCUCCUCAUUUCCAUUAUCGGGUUCAUCAACAUAUUUAUGCGCCCAAUGGCAGGCCUUCUCUCAGGCCUUAGUGUCUUCACUGGCAGGAGGAUCUACCUCUUUAGCUUAGCUGUGAUGCUCAAUGGCUUCAGCAACCUCAUCUGUGCUGCUUCAGCUGAGUACAGUAUUCUUGUCCUCUACUGCUUGGUCUAUAGUGUCUCCAUGAGUGUCAUCGGUGCACUUAUCUUCCAAGUGUUAAUGGAUGUGGUGGAAAUGGACAGGUUCUCCAGUGCCUUGGGUCUUUUCACCAUCUUGGAAAGUAUCACCAUUCUUAUUGGACCCCCUCUUGCAGGUCUUCUUGUGGAUGUUACAGGACACUUUAGUUAUGUCUUCUAUGCUUCCAGCUUCUUCAUGGUAUCAGCUGCUCUCUUCAUAGGUUUUAGCUUCUGCACAAUGGAGGCCAAGAACAAAUCAAAAGAAAUUAAUAAGCUACUGCCUGAAGAUCCCUCCAAGGGAAAAUACACAGAAGUGCCAACUGAAUUUGGGCCUGUGAAGAAUGGUCCUCCUGAAGUAAUCUAUGUAACAAGCAUCUGAAUGCAAAGGAGCUGGAGGAAUAUUGUAUUAUGCAAAAAUGCAAAAGGUGGGGGAGGGACAUGACACAGAGAGAAGUGCCUCUUUUCUCGUGCUCACCUCCUUCCUGCUACAAUGGUCUAUUCAACUGGGUUGGGUUCAGAUUUCUAGAUUGUCCAGAUGAGAAAAUACAAAUCCAAAGCCACCCAGACAUCUAAGGAGCACUUUAAACAACAUGUACAGGAUGCAAGUCUUAUUAUAGCAUCUGAUGUUACUUGAAGCAUAACAACUGCUGUUAUCAGGUUUUCUUACAGACUCUUAGUAACCUUUUGGUUAUGAACUGCCUUGCUCUCUAAAAAAAGCAAACCCAGCAUAUUGCUUAUACAGGAUGCUUGGUUUUGGAGAGGCCAAUUUGUUGUAGUUAAGCUUGUACUGAAGUCAACUGGCUGACUUCUCUCCAAGCAUAAGUGCAGAUUUUUUAUUUAUUGAUCUUUACUGCUAGUUUCUUGAACGUUAAGCAGAAUUGUUCAUCCCUGUUUUAUAAUUUGAGGGCAUUUUCUAGAGGACUAUAUCAUGCCACUUAAAGCAGCCUGAGUGGAAUUAUAUGCACUGCUGUAACCAAAGUGAGUCUUUCCUGAAUUUCAAGGCCUUUUUGUGGAGACGAUGAAGUCUCAACUCUGAAACUGCAACUUAGAGUGAAAGUGGAUAGCUCCAAAGUGCCUAUACAUUAACCAACAGUGUCUUAAAUUUCUUUUCUUCUUUGAAUACAUGUUGCUGCAAAGAAAGUGUCAUGACCAUGUUAAGAUGGUCAUUUCAUUUUUCCAAGAAUAGUUCUUGUGACCAGUAGACCAUAUCACUUUCAAAAUGUCAGUACAGUACAGGAAGUCAUCUGUGUUCUUGUCUUUAGUGGGGUAUAGCAGGCUUGCAUAGUCUCUAUGGAACCAACUCUAUACGUACGUAAUAUGAGUAAAAAGGUCAUCUUGUAAAUUUAAAGGAACAUUAGGGCUGAGAAAUGCUGCUUCUCUAAAGCAAUAGGUGAAAUCAAGACCAUCUCUGUUUUGGACUGAAAUUCUCAACAAAACUAUAUUGUUCAGAGGAUGGUACUUCUCUGAAAUAUGUUUCUUAGAGGGACUGUUUUACUCUGAACUUGUUCUGCUUUGCCUAGUUUCUUUAAAAUAGCAGUAUUUAUAUUGGAACAUGAGUUUCAGUCCAGGUUGGCUGGCUGGCUUGCUUUUGGCAAUUCAGACAUUUCACAUUCUGCUCUUCCAGUUCUAAUCUCUCUGUAAACAUUCACCUUAUUUAACCCUUCUGAAGUCCAAAGUGGCUUUUAAUGAAAGAGAAUACUGGCUAGGAACUCAAGCACUUUAAAACAUACAGUUUUAAAAGAGUGGAUGUUUAAAGGAAGUAAGAAUGAAGUCACAGCCCUACUGAUCAACCUAAAGUUGAUCUACAUGAAUUGAGAUAACAGGAAUGCAGGAUUGGCCCAAAGCAUUUUGGUGCCCUGAAGCAUUAAAAUUAAUUUUAGCAUUAAGAUUACUUUGUGCUUCAAAGAAUUGCCAGGGGGUAGGAGAGGAGGAGAAAAGGAACUUACCCUAGCUGAAUGAGUGAAGUUGAACAUGCAGAUGGCAUGCCCACAAACAUGGCUUAGAAAACCCCUAUUCUAAAAGCCAGACUUCUAAACUUUUUAAGACUGGAUGUUUUUUCAACACGAUACAGUGAAAAUAAUCUUGAAACUCUUUCGUUUGAAAAUAUUUGUGAACGUAGUCAAUACCAGGUAGAAAGUAGAAGAGAUAACUUAAAUAUAAAAAUCUAUCUGCAUAGGACAGACAAAAUAUGUUUUCAAUUUUAAGCACACUUCAGUUAUUAAAAAGCUGCUAACAAGGCUGGAGUUUGACAAAUCAUGAAGAUACUUUGAUCAAUUGUCUAUAACACUAAGUGGAAAUUUUAAGUAUACUUCCAGCUACCAGAUUGGUAGCAGAAAGAGGUUGCUGCUAUCUUUAUGCCCAUUUUUUAAAAGAUGUCUUAGGGUCAUCUGGCUGGCUAGUGUAUUGGAAAUGGAAAUUACACUAGGUAAACUUCAGUCCACUGUAACCUCCUAGGUUUCUUACAUUAUACAAAACUAAAUAUCCAAAAAAUAUAAUGGAAAAAUUAAUUUAGUAAUAAAAGUUAUUCAAUAUUAAAUACCCCUCAUCCACUGAAUGGAGCCUUUCUUUUGAAAGGUGUAAGUUACCUGAUAGGCAGACAGGCAGGGAAGUUAGAUGGAUUGGAGCAGAAAAGUGACACCUAGAUAGACUUCUGUCUUAAAUUAAUUUGCAAUGUCUUUGUUUCAGGACUGUGGUCAGUUUAUUACUAGAUUGCUGCAUUAUUUACUGGAAAUCUUAUGAGAAGCCUUUCAAAUAUCUAUGUAAGUCAAAUGCACUCAGUAACAUUUGCAAACUUGAAAGCACUAAAGUGUUAUCUGCAGACAAGCUUUUGAAAUGUAACAAACAGCCAUUGUGCUUGUUUCAGGAUUAAGAAACAUCUUGUAAUUUCUUUUCUCAGAAUACACCAUUUGAAAAAGGGUCCAAGUCUGCUUGUUUCUAUUCUUUUUGAAUAAAGCAUCUAUAUAUAAAGA